AUGUCCGCUCCAAUGGCGACAGAGUCCUCGGGGACGAGCCCGAUGAAGAGAAAGAGAUCAGCUCCGGAUUCUUUCCACCCGGAAGAUGCUUCGGACGCUCUCAUCAGACAGCUUGAGAGCUCUCCGUCGCGCAAGAGGAAGAAACAGACUCGCUCUCAACUGUUCGACGAUGACUACGAAGAUACAGACUCCAAUGUCGCUACUACCUCCUGGCCGUCAUUGGCAGAUACGAACACUGCUACUGCUACCAUCGCCGAUACCACGACGCCGUUCACCGAUGCCUCGAGCCGUGCCAGCACCGGCAAGGCUAGACCUAAAAUCUAUCAUUGCACAUUCUCGGAUUGCAACAAGGUCUUCGAUCGACCUAUUCGGCUGCAGGCUCACAUCAACUCGCACACUGGAGAGCGUCCUCAUAAAUGUUCAAAGGACGACUGCGACAAGAGCUUCUACAAACCAGAACAUCUCAAUCGGCACAUGAAAGAGAAGCAUGGCAAUGCGACAUUUGUCUGCACUUUCGAAGUUCGGAAGGAUAAUAUUAAGGAAAUUGAGCCAUGUGGAAAAACGUUUGAGUCAGCGAGUAAGCUCAAGCGCCAUGUCGCAGCACAUGAGGAUAAAGAGGAAACGACAUGCAGCUGGGAAGGGUGCGCCAAGGUGUUCAGAAAGCAGGAGACGUUGCAGAGGCAUAUUAAGAAGGACCAUUUGAACGAGCAUUCCUAUCAGUGUACUCGUGAGACUGCCGACGGGAGUGCGUGCGGCACCUUGUUUCCAACUCUCGGCCUGCUUAAAAGCCACUAUGCCGCGGACCACGAAGCUCCCAAAUAUGUGUGCGACAUCUGCACUGACGCUAUGGUAACGCCGACCCGGGACGAAGUGCCUGCGCUGAACGACUUGGAUCCCGAGUUCUUGCCUGGGCCUGAAGACCUUCAAGAGCCUGGUGACGAGCUCGAAGCUAAGAUGCUUGACAACUUGUCUCUCAAAGACGCAGGACCCCCGCGAAUGAAGGGCCCUCCUGGUGUGGUCUGCUUCCCGACCUAUCACGAUCUUCAGCGUCACAACAAAUACGUGCAUCCGCCUGUCUGUACCGAGUGUGGAAAGAAGUGCAAGAGUAACAGGGAUCUUGCAGCACACGUUGAGAUUCAGCAUCCACCGCCAGGCACUAUCCCAAAUCCGCCUCCUCAGCCCAACAAGAAGUAUCUGUGUCCCCAGAAUGGCUGUCCCCGCUCGCUGCCUGGCCAUGGAUUUUCUAAGAGGGGAAACAUGGACGUCCACUUUAAGAGUGCUCAUGCGAAGAAGAGGGACUUUGUGUGCGGCGAGCACGAUUUGAGUGGCAACAAGAAGGUUGAAGGUUGGAAUGGACGAGGUUGCGGAGUUGCAAUGACGGCCAAACAGGCGUUGAUUGCCCACAUCAGGACUCAGCAUAUGGGACUGCCUACCAACGGUAAAGAGCCAAUGAAGCCGAGAAAGCGCAUCACCGCCAAGAAAGGCACUGAUGCCGACAUGGACAUCGACACUGAGAAUGCUGGCCCUAGCACAGUAAUGGCGAUGCUGACCGGCGAUGGCUACGAGGAGCUGCGUCCGUAUGCAUGCUUACUCUCUAGAGGCCCACACGGUUGCCAGAUGAGGUUUGCAAGAGAGUACGAUUUGUGCACACACCUGGAAUUGACUCAUGGCUGGAACGUCGACGACAUCAACGACGCGCUCAAUGCUUCAUCAGGCGCUCAGGAUCCAAGCGAAGAUGAUACCUUCAGGCAGCAACUCGAGACAGGGAUGGCAGCUAUGGAGAGAACAGACGGCGCUGCCGUCGAGCCAGAUAUGGCGGAAUAA